AUGGCUCAAUAUCAACUAAUCACCACUACGCCAGACGACUACAAGACAGCGCCGUACAUCCGUCCAUUCCUCCUCUUCUGGCUCAGCUAUCUUUUCAUCGAAGCCAUUUCCCUCGCCGCCGGUAUUUUCAGCAUGACUGGCACGCGCGACCUUUUGUACAAGGUUAUGUGGACGUUUGUGUUCUGCCCCCUGGGGAUGGGUGGAACUAUGGGCGACCUGAUAAACUCCUUCAUUGUGGACCACUACUACGAAAAGAAGGCUGCUCAUUUCACUGGAAUCUUGACGUUACACUUGGGAUGGUUCGGGGCCUCGGACCAUCCUAUAUGGUUCCACUGGCGGUAUCCAGCACUUUGGGUGAUCGGUUAUAUGAAUGGACUGCUUUUGUUCACAGAUGAGGAACAGGCGAGACUAGCUAGGAUGAAACUAUAG